CUUCGUGACACAAGCAACUAUUUAUAAUCGCUACGUUCAUUCGACAUAACCUUCUUGUAUACAGAUUUGAGACUGCUUUGACAGAAACAGUAGGUGCGAAAGCAACAAUCGAUCUGCACAUCGAUCAUCGCAAUUAUCGUAAAUAUUUUGAGAAUCGACGAAGACAUAACAGCUAUCUUACUUAUCGAUUGUUACCGUACGAUGGUACGAAUAAAGCAAAAUAACGGACAUAUUCUCCGAUAGUGAAUUAACAGUGAUAUUUUUUUAAAUUCAUCAAAACUGAUUUAUAUUACGUUUUACGAAGUUGAUGCUUCUUUAUUUUUUGUCAAGAUGGAUUAAGUCAUAAAUUCCAUUUUAAUUUUAUGGCGUGUGGACAGUACGACGUGAACGCAAUUUGUUACAUAAAAGGCCGAGGACGUUUACCGAUAAUGUACACGGACUUGUAUAGAUCAAAAUUUAUAUCGACGGAUUUCAAUGAACAUAGAAUGUGUAUGCUUUCGAGAUCCGUGCUUUCGCGGAAUCUUCUGUUGCAAACAACCGUUUUGGCGUUGAUCUACGUUGAUUUGGGUUACCAGUUACUGUCAUUGCUCAAUCUACCAGCACUUUCUACCGAGGACAAGCUGGAAUACCAGUUCUACCCUGUCGCUAGUGGGCAGAUCCAGUUUCGCGUAAAAGCAGCAAACGAUGCUCACAUUGCUCUUACUACCGGCCCUAGCGAGGGAGAACCGAUGUACGAGGUGUUCAUUGGUGGUUGGAGCAACAGCAAGUCGGUGAUCCGUAAGAACAGAACCAAACCUGAGGCUGCUGAAGUAGAUACUCCUGGUAUCCUGAGUGCUGAUGAAUUUCGUGGAUUUUGGAUUAGAUGGAGCGACGGUGUGUUGUCAGUAGGUAGAGAAGGCGAACCAAGUUCGUUCCUUACAUAUGCCGAUCCUUCGCCAUUUGGAAUCGGUUACUUUGGAGUGUGUACCGGUUGGGGUGCGUCUGGUGAAUGGUUGAUCGAAGGACACGGCACCCUGUUAACCCGGGACGAGUUAGUGUACCAGUUUCGUAACGUAAGAAGCGGUUCGCUUUUCCUUGAGGUGAAGGCCAAGAGCAACGCGCAUAUUGCCUUGACCAACAAGAAAGGCGAUUCGAGUCCGAUGUACGAAAUCAUGCUCGGUGGUUGGGAGAACACCGCAUCAGUCAUCAGAUACGAUCGCAAACAGCCUGACAAGGUGCGCGUGAACACGCCAAACCUGCUGAACGAGAAUGCAAUGAAGAAGUUCACGAUCACUUGGCUCGACGGCCUUAUCACGGUCAGGGCUGGUGAUCUAAACGGUUCUAAGAUCAUGGAAUGGCAGGAUCCUAAGCCAAUUGGUAUCAGUUACAUAGGCGUGCGCACCGGUUGGGGCGCAACCGGAAAAUGGAAACUUCGAACUGCACAGUACCCACCUCGUUCAGCUGAUACUUCCAAACAUGUGAACCCAUCUGCUCCACCACCACCGGUGCAAGGUUUGGAAAUGGGUGCCACUUGCUGGUGCGACGCCUCAGGUGGAAUGAUACCUCCAGCAGCUGUCGAAGGAGGAAAAGACGACGAACCAUUGUAUGUAGGCAGAGCUUACCACGAAGGUGCUCUUCUACCUGGUAAAGUGAAACCAGGACAUUCUGUCUGUUACGUUGCUUGGGGCGGCAGUGAACACGGAAAGAGUGAAUAUCAGGUUCUUUGCGACUGCAACCCUCAGUGGGUACCAACAAGCGGAAACAACAUUCCUCCUAAUGCAAUUCCGGGUGGUGAAACCGAAGACGGAGAACCACUUUAUGUCGGUCGUGUGCAUCACGAGGGUACAUUGACGAUCGGCAAGGUGCAACCUUCCCACAGUGUUUGCUAUAUACCAUUCGGUGGUGCCGAAGUCGCUUUCCCCGAUUACGAGAUUAUGGUUUCGCAGUAAUUAAUGAAGCUUCAACACCACCGGAAAAGACUAGAGUCAAAAGUUACACCGAUUUCGAUGAAUUUGUUUAAAAAUCUUGACCGCUUAAAGUGGCUUUAUUUUCGAAAUGCGCGAGACGUACAAUCAACUAUCGGAGUUCAGAAUACGCAGUAUGUUGUGCGUACUAUUUAUAGCUAUUUUGCGAAAUAGAUGUUUCGUCCAGUAAUCGAAUCUCUAUAAUUCUCAAUAUUUUUAAGAAAAAUAAAGGAGGAUGUAGUUGAGAAUCUCAUAUGUGUGCAAACUAGUCUAGAUACCGAUGAGCGGAUAUUUUCAUUCACAUUCAUUGAUCAGUCGGUGUACAAUGGGUGUAUACUUCCGCACAGAACAUAACUGAAAUCACGAUAUGUAGGCGCAGAUCAAACUGGCAUUGUACGUGUAGCUUGGCUAUAUAUAAUAAUUAUCGGCCUCGUGUGACUGUUAUUAAUUCCUAUCGGAUACUAUACGGUUACAUAUAUUACUUGUGCGUUCAGCGAGGGCAUCGUAAAAAUGUGCAUUCGAUAGUCACAUAGUUUUUUAACACACAGCAGUUUUUGCUUCCUUCAAAUCGUUAUUUUUAGAUUCUGUAUUGUUACAAAAUAAAUACUUCCAAAAUAAAAUGGUGCAGAUAUUUUACGUUGAA